UCAUUGAAACCCUAACAAUGCUUUUGUGUGCAAAAUGGACUAAAAAUAACUUUUGUUCACCUAGCAUCCUCAUCUUUUUUCUUUCAUAGUAUUUUUAGUGAUAUAUAGUUUCAAAAUUUUUUAAUGAUGAGUUUGUCAUCCAAAUUGGAUCCUCUAAAUGUGGAGUCACGACAUUUCUUGUCAUUCUCCUUUCCACCAAAUGCCCAAUUAGAGGACAAAAGUGCUUUAAGUGAAUGGAUGGAACGGAUGGUUUUUCUGUAUGAAGAUCUGAAAUGGCUUUUGUCACUACCAGUUGAUUUUUUCUGGAACCAGGUGACAUUUGAUACAUCCUGGCAUGUUUGUUUGGAUUCGUUUCUAUUUAAUUCACCAAGGAGUUAUGAUUUGAAAAAUGUCUUAGAAAGUUGCAAAACAGCAUUGAUACGCAUCAGUAAACUAUUCCUGCUUGCGAUUAAGAGAAUGAGUUUAUACAACGAAGAUCCUAUGUUAUGCUUCUCUCAAGAAGAGUUUGCAGAUAUUAUUUAUGAGAACUACUUGUUUGAUGCAGCUAAACUGUUGGACAUUUGCAGUAUAUUUUACAGGCCAGGAAGCACCGUUGGUGGUGUAGUGAAAGAAAUCAUCCAUAAUAUCUUUACAGCACAACCAAAGUACUUUGACGAUAUAAACAAUGCGGUGGAGAGCAUGAUCUUCACUGUCAGUAAUAUUGAAGACAAACUAAAGAUCUGUGAGAGUUUAAACGCGAGCAAACAUUUAAAAGGCAAUUCAGUAAACGGAAGAGAAGCACAAGAUAUGAUGUUGUUUAGUUUCGACAUGGUAAACACGUUCUUAUCCUUAUUACGUGUUCUACCCAGUGUUUCCCAAGUUAUGUUCAAAGUUAAAGUUGUGGAAAGGCUUGUGACGACCUGUGAAAAUAUUCUACCAUGUCUUUUGAAUUUGAUACAAGUUAACAGGAAGAAGUAUAAAUACAUUCUGAGCGAAAUUGAAAAAUCCGUUACUACACUAAUCGACACUAUCAUUGAAGAAGGAUAUGUUCAAAAUCUUCAAAAUAAAAGUACAGAUGUCACUACUGAGGAUUUGACAACUGCGUUUAUCAGCAUGAUGGAUACGAUAGCUCAGUAUCCGAAUUUUUUAGUGUGUUAUUGCAAGUUAGGAAAGAUAUCAAAUAUAUUUGAGAUGAUCGAAGAAGUUGGUUGUAUCGAUAUGUCUAGUCUUAAGUAUGUUCGUGGUAUGAUAUCAAGUUCUGUGUCUGAAAGCGAUUCAAGUUCUAUUCUGCAUCAGUUGCGAGUACUUCUUCCAAUGAAAGGAGAAGAAUAUCUAAGCAAGUGCGUGGAAAAAUACGGACCCAAUGUUGACGUCAUCGUCAACAAUGUACUGGAGGGUAACAUGCCCGAAGAGAAAAAAACGGAAGUUAGCACAAAGAAGCAGAUCAGCGUACCAAACAAAGAUGUGCUGGAAGACAAGGAACAUGUUGCGUUGUUGAAGUCGCAGCUGUUGACACCACUCGACGACGACAGCACUGAUGAAGACGGAUACAAUGUUUACGAUGACGAGUAUGAUGAUACGUAUGAUUCACAAAAUGUCGCCGCUGCAGAUGCUGACUCGGCAGAUGAAUUGAAAGACUUGACGUCCAGAAGAAAGUUUACCAUCCCUGCAGCGCUACGACAGAUUGGCGAUGUUUCAAGUGAGUCUGAAGAAGAAGAAGAAGAAAAAGGGGGUAGUGAGGAACUAAAAAACAAGAGAGAAGUUUCUGAAAAUGGCCAGAGACAAGGGAAUGCAAAUUAUCGCGGUGGAUACAGAGGAAAUAGAGGGCGUACCCGGGGACAUGUCGGAAAUUCCGGUGGUAACAGAGGUGGUGGAAACAGGGGCGGUGGAAACAGGGGUGCAUCUAAUAAUGACCAAGGAAGUGACCGCGGCCGUGGUCGUGGUAGAGGCAACAAGCACAAUCGAAGAAGACUUGCUGAUAAGAAAAAAUCUAAAGGAAUGAUGCCGUUUUAAAACCUUUAUAAAUUUGUAAUGAUUAUUAAUUUUGUUUAUAUAUUAAAUUUCAAUAUAUCUUUUGGUUCUGGUAA